AAUCGCAGGGACGCCAGACUGGGCGCUGUCCAAUGGCGUGCGAGCCCCGCCGAGAGUAAUGUUAGAGAGCUGAAGACUGAAGACACUGCGUAUCGCCUGUGCUCCCUCAUACACAGCCAUUGCAGACCAUUGAGAUCCAGCGAUAGUCACUGGAUACUGUCACCAGGAUGGGGAAGGAUCCAACCAAGCCCAGGGGGAAGAUGUCCUCCUAUGCAUAUUUUGUGCAGACCUGUCGGGAGGAGCACAAGAAGAAACACCCUGAGGCUUCGGUUAACUUUGCCGAGUUUUCCAAGAAGUGCUCCGAGCGAUGGAAGACAAUGUCGGCCAAGGAGAAGGGCAAAUUUGAGGACAUGGCCAGGCAGGACAAGGCGCGCUAUGAAAGGGAGAUGAUGAACUACGUUCCGGCGAGGGGGGGAAAGAAGAAGAAGAAGUACAAGGACCCUAAUGCCCCCAAGAGACCUCCAUCUGCCUUCUUCAUCUUCUGCUCAGAGUUCCGCCCUAAGGUGAAAGGCGAGAGCCCCGGCCUGUCAAUUGGCGAUGUUGCCAAGAGGCUGGGCGAGAUGUGGAACGGCACCGCAGCCGAGGACAAGCAGCCCUUCGAGAAGAAGGCGGCCAAACUGAAGGAGAAGUAUGAGAAGGACAUCGCUGCGUAUCGCGCAAAGGGCAAACCAGGCAGCGGUGCGCCAGCGAAAGCCCCGGCCAAGGCAGAGAAGAAAGAUGAUGAUGAUGACGACGACGAUGAAGAUGAGGAGGAGGAAGAGGAUGAUGACGAUGAGGAUGAUGAUUAGUAGGUGGCAGGUGACAUAAAGUGGUCAUUUUCUUGUUUAUAAUGCAUUUAAACCACUUGUACACAAUUCACUUAAUGAAAGAAAAUUCAUUAGUAUCCAAGGGGUAAAAAAUAAAAAAAAAUAAAUAAAACGACAAAAAAGGCUGUGUAUAUCAGUUGUUUUUAUGCUGUACAGUUUUUUUUUUCUCCUUUUUGUAUAGUUAACACUACACAAGUAUCGUGUCUGUAUCUUUCUGCCAGUCUUACUUUUUUUUUUUUUUUUUUUU